UUCAAGCUAGCAAAAUCAAGAAAAUCAAAUAUCUCUAUGUUAAGUCAAAUUAAUCAAGAACUCUUAACAGAGAUUUUGAAAAGAUUACCACCAAAAUUGCUUAUACAAUUCAAAUCUGUUUCCAAAUCAUGGCGCUCUUUAAUCACAAAUCCAAUUUUCAUUUCUAUUCACACUAAACACAUUCUUGAAAACACCACAAACAAAACUUCAAUUCUUAGGCAUUAUUCUUGGAGUAACAAGAAAGAGAUUUACACAAUUCAAGAAAGCAAUCAAGAACUUGGUUUUCCAUUCAAGAGUUACUCGCGAUUCUUCGAUGUAAUCGGUUCUUGUAACGGAGUUCUUUGUCUUUCGGAUACUUAUCAUGUCUUUAAUCAUAAAAUCAUUUUAUGGAAUCCGACGAUAAGAAAAUAUGUGAUCGUGCCGGUACCUUGCAUAAGUUCUGAUCAAAUCUUUAUGUUUGUUCUUGGAUUCGGGUUUGAUCCGAAGAGUAAUGAGUACAAAUUGGUGAGAAUCGUCUAUCGGAUGAGCAAUAAUGGGCGUAACGUAGACAUUAGGCCUCGAGUUGAAGUAUAUGAGCUAAGCAAGAAUGCUUGGAGAUCAAGUAACAGUUUAACUGCUCCUAAGUAUGUGAUAUCUGAAUUAUCACUUCAGGUUUUUCUUAAUGGUGCUGUGCAUUGGAUCGGCUAUAAUCCGAGGCAAGCGGGAAGUGAUUUUCGCGAUCCAGGAGUAGUUUUGUUCGACUUGAGCAAAGAAAUGUUCGAGGAAAUGAUGCUGCCGGAUAGUUUACGCGGGUUAUCCGUGUUAGAUUUGUCAAUUCUUGCUUAUGGAAAAUUACUUUCUCUAGUAGAGUACACUCGUAAUUCUCCGAGCCAAUGGAUGCGAUACGGAAGCUGCUCGAUUUGGGUCAUGAAAGAGUACGGAAAUGUUGAAUCUUGGAGUAAGCAAUUCACCAUUGAUCUACAAGCUGGAGUAGGGAAGUUAUUAGGCAUUAAGAAUGAUGAAGUAAUGCUAAUGGUGGAGAGUGAUGGAGAAUUGGUUUCAUAUGAUAGUAAAAAUCAGUCAAUUAAUCAUAUUGGAACCAAAGGUAUUGUUAAGUCCUUUCGUUUAGAGGCUUACGUUGAGACUCUCGAGUUGCUCGAAUUCAACAGUCGAACGGAAAAAUGAGAAGCCACCGGAGCAAGAAACAGCUUCUUGAUUAUGUUAUCAUGAAUUUGAAAAUUAUUUUGCUCUAGAGAUCAGUUUCAUAGGAUAUAGCAAGCUUUUGGUGUUCUUACAUUAACUAAUCAAGUAAUAUGUACAUGUUUUCUAUGUUGCAUAGAAACUUCUUUAUUUUAAA